CCAACAGCUGCUUAUCCAUCCUGCUCGUGCUCAGCAACGUGUAGGUAGAGUCUUCGCCAGUGCUUCUUCAAUACUUAUCUAGGCAAUGAGAGCGCCGUUCAUCGUCCCUGCGUUGGUACCGCGAAAUCGCCCGUCAUACACCUUCCGAGCGAAACUGGGCGCAAGAUAGGAUACCUGACAAAGCACAAUGACCGUCACGGCCGCAGCUGGUGUAUUCCCCGUCCAGCCAGCGGACUUUGUCUUGAACGAUGUACGACGGGCUCGAGAGUUCUACCACUACCUACAACCGGAUAAUCUAGUCCACCCUGACCUCCGCCGUCGCGACUCGACGAUCGAUGUUUCCUCUGACGAUGUUCCCAGUCUCAGCAAUGCUCUGGCACCCUUCUGCCAGCUUGCCGUCCUCCGCUGCAAGUGCAGGAAAUCGAUGCUCAAUGUCAUGGAUCGCGACGUCAUGUACUUCCUCGCCGAAGCAACAAAAGAAUCCGCAGGAGAUGGAGAGAGUGCAUAUGAAUUUGUGGAAGACCCAAUACUUAUGAGGUGCAGCUCGGUACCGCUGAAGGGAAGAAUAUGCGAGAUGACAAUCGGACUGGACAACACCGCUGGGUCGCAGCCCACAGCUAUGUUUGUCAUUCCGGAUCUGACGCAGUCUGAUUUCUCCCAAAUGGAAAUCGUGACGGGACCCCCAUACUACAGGUUUUACGCCGGUGUGCCCAUCACCACAAGAGAAGGGAUCAAUAUCGGAAGCCUUGCUGUCAUGGAUACCAGCCCUCGUCCUAACGGACUGACAAAAGCCGAAUCACUUUUUCUCGCCAACUCUGUCCGACAGAUAAUGCUUCACCUGGAGAUCAACAGACAGGCGAUUGAAGGUCAGCGAUGUCGUCGUAUGGCGGAAGGACUUGAAGCUUUUAUUGCCGGCAAAAGAGCAAUUCAGCCGCAGGGGCAUCUGUUGGAGAAAUCUAUCAAAAGAAGGUCGAAGCUAUUAAACGGCACCGAGCCGUCCGCCGCCGACGAGAGCAAGGGACAGCAUGCGUAUCUUGGUGAGUAUAAGCUUCACGCCGAGAGAUCUAAUUCUCUAGACUCUAUUGAGUAUGAAGCUAGUACAUCUGGGCAAUCAUCUGACUCUGACGAUGGGUGGACCAUGGCCGACGACGACGCUGAAUCCAGGUCACAUACGAAAACAUUCGGCAGAGCAGCGAAUAUCCUGCGGGAAUGCUUCGGCGAUCUUGGAGAGGACGGGGCGGUGACAUUUGUGAGCAUUAGCACGCGAUCCGGCAAGAGUCCCAUCAACAUGCAGAGACGGCGAUCGGUGCCUUUUCUGCCCGCAACAAAGCCUGCGAACCAGGUGUCUCAGAGGGAUGGAGAGGCCGGCGAUGAGGAGGCUCGGUCAACAGCAAGCCAGUCUUCGUUCAUGGCUUAUUCAACAGAAAGCGAACCUUAUAUGGGAGAAAAGGACUUGGAGCAAAAGGCGCAAGAUAUCGACGACGAAAUGCUUCAGAGCCUGAUGAAGCGGUAUCCUGGCGGAAAACUGUGGUCGUUUGACAUCAACAGCUCAUCAUCCUCUGAAGAUGACAGAGCCAUACCUCGGCCGCCCCUUCGCUUACGCAAAAGGAGCCGUCGAAAACAAAUGGAGAUGGAUGUACUGCGAAGAGCUUUCCCUUUGGCACUACAAGUGCUGUACGCACCUCUAUGGGAUGCAACGAUUGGGACAUUCGCUCAUGCCUGCUUUGUGGCGACAACAUUAGAUACAAGGUCGUUCAGCUCGACCGUUGAACUGCCCUUCCUCAACUCGUUUUGCAGCACUUUGAUGGCGGAGUGCAGCCGGCUGGACACUAUGGUCGCUGACAAGCAAAAGAGUGAUUUUGUUGGUACAAUAUCUCACGAGAUGCGGUCACCUUUACACGGACUUUUGGCGAGUGUGGAGUUCCUGACUGAGACUGACCUCACCGGCUUUCAGAAGUCAUUGAUCGAUACCGUUGAUUCUUGUGGUCGGACUUUAUUGGACACAAUUAACCACGUUCUCGACUUCUCAAAGGUGAACUCAUUCCAGAGGGUUUGGCAAGCAUCAAACAAGAAGUCGCACGGCUCGAAGCGUAACAACUUCUUGGGCCCGGACAACUCUUCAAAAUCACUAUCGCAUGGCGCACCGCCUCUUCUACAGCUGUUUGGCGUCACGGAUGUAUCUUGUGUUCUGGAAGAAGUGGUUGAUGGCCUAGUACUUGGUCACACCUACAAUUCGGGCAUCGAUAUAACGGACGUGUCUCGUCAAGCACGAGGGCGAGGAGCGACUAAGACGAGCAGACAGGACGGAGCGAGUCCGGAGCCUGUCGACAUUAUCAUAGAUAUUGAAGAAGCUGAUUGGAACUUCUUGACACAGCCUGGAGCAGUCAGGCGGAUCAUCAUGAACAUCACUGGGAAUGCCAUCAAAUACACCACUCAGGGAUCGAUCCAUGUGCGACUAAGACUAAAGCAAUCAACCGAACCUGAUGGCAACGACUUGAUGAUCUUUACAGUGACCGACACUGGGAAGGGUAUUUCGCAGGAAUUUCUGUCUUCCAGGUUGUUUGUGCCCUUCGCCCAGGAAAACUCUCUGGCUCCUGGUACUGGCCUCGGGAUGAGUAUCGUUCGGAGUAUUGUUCUCAUGCUCGGCGGCACUAUUGACGUGAAAAGCGUUGUCAAUCAAGGCACGACAGUCGAGGUAGCCCUGCCAAUGAAGAGACCGUUGUCAGGCCAGACGUCGACCCAGACCACUCCUUGGUCUGGCGGUACGAUAUCCUCCACAGCUUCGGGACCAGAUGAUAGCAUCACUUUCCUGCAGAACCACUCAGAUGAAGGCACUGUCACAUUCUAUCAACCGAAGACUGAGGCAGACAAUCAGCUAGGGCAGGUUCUUCAGUCAUAUAUACGGAAUUGGUACGAUCUCCAGUUUGUGGAUUCGCGACUCUACAAGAGCUGUGCCGUUGUUCUUGUGAGAGAACAACAUUUGGAAAAUUUGAUUCAGGAUCCGGUCGGUACACCUGGAAACCGUCCGGCCCUGGUCGUGAUGUGUUCUGUGUCGAGCAAGCACAGCGCUGCACUGUUACGAUCACUCGAAGAACGAAUAAGCAGUGUGCUCGAGUUCGUAUCUACGCCUUGCGGCCCGCACAAGCUCGCUCGCAGCAUACGGAUGGCGCUGGAGAAGAAACAAGCACAGAAAAUCACCUUCACAGCUCCAUCGAAAUUAAUGUCGCCCGGAUAUACAGCUGCUAGUCCUGGGGCAUCAAGGACAGCGCUGGAACCGGUGACGGAGGAGUUGCGCGAGAUGGACCUGAAUCGGCCCGGCGAAAGUGACAAAGCCAAAGUCGUGCAAGCCACCGAGACAUUCGCAGCGUCACAGGCUAGCCAGAACGCGCAGAUGGCUCUACACGAGCCUCUAACAGCUCAGCGCACGCCAAGAACUCACGUCAGUGAAGGCGAUUCGUUCCCGUUCCCUAUACAGAUCCAAGAUGCAUCUCGAGUCCGCCGCGAGCGCAACCGCAGCCUGUCGUCAAAUAGUCAGAAACGAAAUCCGCCGAGCAACAGCACCACCCCGUUGGAAACGCCGAGACCGACUAAUCUUGUGGGCACGCCAAAGGGCGAGCCUGUGAAUCCGCAUGUCCUGCUCGUCGACGACAACAAGAUCAAUUUGCGACUGCUCGAGACGUAUUUGCGCACGAAGAGGAAGUAUACGCGCAUCUGCCAGGCCGAAGAUGGUGAGCAGGCUGUCAAUGCGGUGACAAGUGCUCAACAACCCUUCGAUGUGAUUUUCAUGGACAUCUCAAUGCCAGUUCUGAACGGCUUCGAAGCCACCCGAGCGAUCCGCGAGUUUGAACAUGGGAAAGGUGAUGGCAGUGAUCCAGGCGCGAUGAUUAUUGCCCUUACGGGCUUGGCGAGUGGGAAAGAUCAGGCUGAGGUAUUCGACUCUGGGUGCGACAUCUACAUGACGAAGCCGGUCAGUUUUAAGGAGGUGGGAAAGUUGUUGGAUCAUUGGGAGGCGCAUCAAAAUGCAGGCCUGGGUGAACAAAUGGCAUACUAGUGAUUGGGCAGGAAGCUUAUACUGGAUGUACGGACGGCGGCCAGCCCGGAUGUCGCGGUAUGUUUUGGAGAACAGCAGUUCGAACGAAGAAUAUGAACUUGAUGUCCCGGCAUGGCGUUUGAAGGGCAGGACCAUGGGAGAAUGGGAAAGAAAUGCGGUCCCCAUUGACAGGGACAAGGCUUGGAUGAACAUACAUUUUGGGCGUAACGGAACUGCACGACCAUGAAAACAGGAAUCGGCGGCGGACUGUCGCGACUAGGGCUAUGGGUUGAAUACUAUACUUUGACCAACUCUUGAACGGGUUGCCACGGUGAAUGGAACCGCAGGCGGUGCAAUACGGGAUGCACUGGCUCCCUUGACGUAUGCUUUUCGAAAGGAAAUUGGGGAGGUCAGGCUGGUAUAGGUCGACUUGAUCACAGAGCACAGAUGCGUACCAGGCAUUUACCCAGCAUCGCAGAGCAGAUACAGAUACAGCUAAUGAGGUCUCAAAGGAACGCCGUUCCUUGUCCAUGCGUGGGUUACCAUGGACGCUUGAAUAAUCCUGCGCUGUAGACCGUACAGUAAACACUUGACGGCCUAAGGAGUGGCGAGUUGUAC